CUGAAUGGCAUCCCAUGUGAUUUGGCACAGAGGGGAACACAGCACAAGUCCUGGAUGAGGUUUGAGCCAAAAGCUCUCUGGUGCCCGAUUUUUAUCGACAUAUAUCCGUCUGUCUGGUUCACAGAACUGAGCCAAACGAUUCACGGUGCGUAAUUACGCAUAGGGACGUUAUAUCCGUGGUUGUUCGCCGUGGAAAGCUGCGGACAAAGGAAGACAGACAGGCUGGAGUACAACAGCUGAUUUGAGAAGAGAGGAGUACUGUUAGAGGGUUAACGGGAGAAAUCUGGAGUCGGAAGUGAUUUGUCUAUUUUUUCCAGGAUUUGGGGGAAGAAGCGAAUCAGUUUGCAAGCCGAAGAGAAAAGGACAAAAAGUGGAGUGGUGAGUGGAAUCAGUUCCCCAAACAACACCCAGAUUCACGGAGCAUGGGAGAAGUUGUCUGUGAGCUGUAAAAUGUUCCCGCUACACCGAGAGAGGGAGCAGCCCAUCUUCAGCGCCAGAGCUCAUGUCUUCCAGAUUGACCCGGCCACUAAGCGCAACUGGCUGCCAACCAGCAAACACGCCGUCACCGUGUCCUUCUUCUACGAUGCCAGUCGUAGCGUCUACCGCAUCAUCAGUGUUGGUGGGACAAAGGCCAUCAUUAACAGCACCAUCACCCCCAACAUGACUUUCACCAAAACCUCCCAGAAGUUUGGUCAGUGGGCAGACAGCAGGGCCAACACCGUCUACGGUCUGGGCUUCUCCACGGAGCAGCAGCUGCAGCAGUUUGCAGAGCAGUUUAAGGAGGUGAAGGAGACGGCCCGUCUGGCCAGAGAGAAAUCUCAGGAGCGGUUUGAACUAGCCAACCCUGCGCUCAACAUUGCAGCUCCAGAGCUCUCCCAGGAAUUGUCGGAGGAUCAUCAUUCUCCGCCGCUGCUCGCAGUUAACGGGCCGGGCGAGGAAAAGCUGUUUCGCAGCACGAGUGCCGAAGUGGAGCUGACGGCAGAGAAAGAGAGGGUCAAAAAGAUGUUGUCUGAAGGGUCAAUGUGUGAGAUAAACCUGGAGGCUGAACUCUUCACCCUGCAGGACAGUAACUCCAAGCUGGUGGAAGCACUGCAGGAAGCCAACAGCAGUGUUGAGCAAUGGAAGAAACAGCUGGCUGAAUACCAGGAGGAGACCGAUCGCCUCAGAGACCAGGUGGCAGAACUUGAGGCCCAGCUGGGGCAUCCUGCUGCGGGUCAGACUGCUAGAGAGGAGCUGACUCGCUCACUGGAGGAGCUGGAAGCCCUGCUGAGUGCCAAAGAUCAGGAAAUUCACAAUCUACAAAGCAAGAAAACUGAUGUGGGUGAGCUGGAGAAAGAGAGAGAGGAGGCCAUACAGAGACUUCAGGAUCUGGAGAGACGAAACUGUGACUUGGAGGCUCGUGUCCAGAGCGCUGAAAAGACACUGGAAUCUAACCGGGAGGAGCAGGACCAGACGGAGGUUGAGGUCCGACACAUCAUCGAUGUUCUGGACGUCAAAAUUGGCGACCUGAAUGACCUCAGACAGAGCCUGGCAAAACUUAUUGACAAAUAGCCACAGCAGCAGUUGGGCUGCAUCUCCGCAUUCAACACUUGUUCCACCAUGCAGCCUUGAUUUGUGUUUUACUGGUUAAUCAGCAGAGCAACAAUCAAAGCAAUAUGGUGGUAAACGGUAUAGGUGUUUACCUUUAUGGAUCUGGGUUUUUAAGAUCAGUGCAGGUAAACACCAGGUAUCAGAAACAAAAUAAAAAAAACAUUGUCACAUUCAUAUUGCAAUCUUGGUGGAUGUGAGUAUCGUAAACAGUUGACAGUUUGGUCUAACUGGCUACUACUUGUUUUCCAUAUCAUAGUUCCCAGCAGUUAAGCUCCUGAAGGGGAAAAUACAAUUUUUAAUUUUUUCACAAUCUGCCAUCACCAAACACUUUAGCUUUAGAUGAAUUUGGUCCUGAAGAAUAGUGCCCUUUUCCAUGACAUUGCAAUCCAGUGUACCUAAAGGCCAUGAACACCCGCAUAGGUGUUAUAAAUUAAUCUGGCUAAUUGGACUUCUUCCCAGGACUGUUUGGGUGGGUUUAGACUAAUUGAUUGACAUGUUUCGAAGUCUCUUGUUAGCCUUGUUGCACCAGUUAAGGCCGGAAAAUUGACAGAUAUUGGUUUCUACCAUUCUUAUUGGUAGAAAAGAUGUGUGACCUAAUAAUAUAUUCCCAUAUAAGCUCCAGCCAAUCUUCAACCUAAGCAGAGGUCUGGUCAGCCACAAAAACUGAAAUCACCUGUGUGGCUGUUCAGAGGCUUAAAAUGCUGAGUAGUGGCUGCUGACAGUCUUUGCAGUGAUGGUCUCAACUAUUUAUGGUAAUAAUACUGAUGUCUCAAAAGGACUGAUGUAAUGAUUAAUUGACAGAAAAUAAUACUUGACUUUAAAAAAAAAAAAGGCACCAAAGCUGAUUUUAGGCUUGCUAUAUUGCAAAAAUAGACAUUUCUAAUAGGUAUCAAAAUAUUUUCUACUUGUUAUCCUUUUUUGUCCGAUGUAUCUUUAUUCAAUACAGAGUAAGCAAGCCACUUGCAUUAAAAUAUUGUUUUACUGAGCAAGAGGCAGGAGUAGCACUAAAACUACAAAAGAAUCGAAAGAUAAUGGCUUGAUGGUGUUUAAUAAAAGCCAUCGGUGUUGUUCGCCUGCAGAGCUGGAGGUCCCAACCAAUCAACCAUGUCUGAGCACAGAUAGUAAAACUUCAGUCCUUUAACAGCAGGACUUGCAUCAGUGCUUGAGAUGGUUAGAAAAUAAAGUUAAAUGGACAAUUACAUUUUAUACUUCUAUUAAACAUAAAUAUUUGAUACUAAUUCUGGACAUUUGGUUGAUGGGAACAACCAAGUGACUGUUCAUAAACGUUUUGUUCACUGCAGUAUGACACAUUAAACCGCAUGAGGUCUACACAUAUUACUCCUUUUAUGAACAAGUCUUUUGGAAAUGCAUUUUCUCAUAUUGUUAUUGGUAGAUCUCUUAAGUCACUGCAAAAAGACAAGUUAUACAUGUAAAUAAGUGUUUACUUUUACACAAUAACAACCUUGAUUUUUGUAUUGGUGUCAUCCUUCAACACUGGGGAGAUGCACCCAGUAGAAGUUUGGUCAGGAUAAGGACACAUGGAGGCAAAGACUCUGAAUAAAGUGAGCUCCUGUUCACCAUCAGCAGCCUGGACUGGUCUCACACCAGCCAGAACAUUAACAAACUCAGAGACAACUUGCUCCCAUUCUGCCCUCUGAGGAUUGCCAGCAUACAACUUUGUUUUAUGUGGACUGCUCUUUUCUCACUUUAUUCUAUUAUUCAUGUUCAUCGAUGGGUACUACUCAUACUCAGUCAGGGUUGGAAAUAACCGAUGAAAUUUCUGCUGAAUUCUGGUCGGCUAGUAGGUUUGUCUUCACCACUUUGACAGGAAGCUCAGCUUUUAAAGGAAAGAUGAAAUCCAGAUGUGGCCUGUGGACAGAGAUGUCGCUUUCCCUCCAUUUAGUUGAACUUGUGGUUACACUUGAUUAUAUUCAUGCCAAGUUUGAAUUUGUUUACAUCUCCGUUUUCCUUUAUGUACUUCUUCUGUGUUGUUCAACACCACAAGUCCCCAUGAGAGUAAUAAUAACCCUCGAGCAGCUCAGCAGAGUACAGAUCACUGAGAGCACUGCAUGAGCUCUGCAGAAGUCCUGUACCUCCCAAGGAAUGUGAAGCUGUGUGUGUGUGUAUGCAUGCAUGCACAAUACAACCUGAGGCUGCUGCAGUUAAAAAGCACAACUGCAGUAGUUUUAGUAAAUAGGUACUUAAUUGACUUGCUGUCAGCUUUGUAUGUGAACGUCUGAUGCACAAUAUCUAUCGAGCUUUGCUUCUCACCCCCUGAUGAGUUAUUGAUUUCUUCAUAUAAAGGUAAUAUAGGUACAAAUAAGAUGGUCUUUUGCAGCUGAUGAUGCAGUAACUUCCAGAAGCAUUAACAUGCAAACAUGAUUUUAAAAUUAAAAAAAACUUCAUGGUUUAUCUAUAGCCACAAUUUAUAUUAUAGCUUGAGAGAAAAAGGAAAAAAAACAUAUAUAGUUCAACAAGCCAAAUACAGUAAUGGCAGUUAACAUUUCACUGCAUUAUGUUGCUGUUGCUCACAUUAAGAGGUUAUGUUAUACCUACAAUAAGAUUGAUGUUUUAUCAUUUUGACAAGUUACUUCACUGUCUAGGAGUUCUGGCUUCAGCUGCUACACAAAAGCAUCGCACAAUUAGCAAUAAUGUUUGUAGCAUAGGUGCCUGUUUAAAGUUAAAUACAAGUAAUUUGUAGGUAAGGAGACCUGUAAAGCUUGUUCUCAUCCAUUUUAAACCGAAGGUUUUUUUCUUAAACUUCACCAGAUUAUGACAGAAUGCUACCAACCUUUUAUCAAUGUGAAGAAAAUGCAGAGGCCAUAGGCCCCUCACUUUGCUUCAAAACAGCCCUAUUCCAGUGUAUCAUUAAUGCGCAAUAACAUAUGUUUCUAUUGUUUUUGUAUUCACAGAAAAAGACUGUCCACUUAAAGUAAGGCUUAACAUUCGACCCUGGUAUCCGACCUCUAUUGAGAAGUUGUGGGGGAAACAGGACUAUUGUAGUUACACUUAAGAGUGUAACAGCACGUUUAAAGUAUACUACUGUGUUGAAAUUUCAUAAUAGAAUGUAAAUUAGACCAUUAUUUUGUAUUAACAGGUUAAAGAAGGAAUCCACCUUACAUUUGAGACUAUUUAGGGACCUGUUGGUGAUAUAAUAUAUUCUAUUCAAAUAUGCCCAUUCAUACCCCUUAUUGUGGGGAUAUCCGAAUACAUUCUGGGAAAUGCUGAAAUAACCAGCUGAAGCAUAAAUAGAUGCUGGUUGAGGGAUAUCACAAAAAGAAAACAUUGCAAUAAACAAUGUACGACUAUCAGUGGUUGGAUCCCUCCUUAUAUACACUGGAAUAAGGCCUUAAAACAUGUCACAAGCUACAGCUUAGAGAAUGCAGUACCAAAGAUGCACCAAUGUCAUGCCAAACCCAUAUGAACUGAUGCUGAAGCUCAUCUUAAUCAGAUUCUUAAAUUGUAACAUACGUUUUGAGCUUAACUACUUAGUCUAAAACAUUUCAUCUUUUAGCACUCAAAAUACCUCAGAAUAUUUCAUUUACAUUCAUUGAAGUAUUGAAAAUGAGAAUUCAAGGCCAUGAUUUUGUUUCACAAGUAUACCAAUUUGAGGAGAGCAGGUGCUUAUGGAUUUUGACAAUGUUGAGAUAAGUUCCUUAUAUUUGUAUACAACUGUUCUACAUUAAAACUCAUACGGUCA